AUGAAUAAACCAGAUAAAAAAUUACAAGCGGCACUUGGUCGCAAAUUCGUGAUUAGAAAUUCGUACCUUACAGACGUUUUUGAGAAAAAAGAGGCACGUGUUGUCUACAACUUAUUCGCAGUAUUCGCCAUUUCUGCUUUUGUUAGAAAAGGGUACACGGAAUAUGUGACCGAGGGAAGAAUCUGGGCCUCUUUCAGGAAAUUCAACGAAAGUAAGUUAGCUCAUUGUUCGAAACCAAUAGGUUCUAGUAUUUUAGGAUUUACAAAAUUUUGGGACUUGGGUUGGACCACGUUGCUGCUCUUUUAUUAUUUCCACAGUUUCAAACUAACUGGUGAAGCGAUCCGAUUUUACAAACUUCCCUUCGUAGCUCGUUUGUUUUGUGCUCUGGAAUCUGUACGACUGAUAAUGAAAUCGCACUCUUUCGUAAGAAAUACGCUUCCAGGGGUAAUUCGUUCGAGCGACCGGCCAAACCUUCCAAGCUUUUCUAGCUACGCACGAUUUCUUUUCUUACCCACUCUUAUUUACCAGGAAAACUAUCCUCUAAGAAAAAAAAUCAACUGGAAGUUUUUCUUCAAAACUUUAGUCGAAUUUGUGGUUGGAAUAUUUAUACUGAGUUUUCGUUUUGAGAAAGGUUGGAGCUUCAUACAGGAAACAGUUCUGAGAAAAUUCACAGUGAGCGAAAUUAUGCAGGACGUUGUAGAGAACUCUACUGAAGUUGCGUUUUUGAUUAUGAUUUUACACUAUGUUUGUUUGCAUUGUAUUCAAAAUUUAUUUGGAGAACUUUUUCGCUUUGGAGAUAGGUUGUUCUACACAAACUGGUGGGAUUUACUUGAUUUGAAUACUAGUUUAGUAAAGUGGAAUUUAAUUGUUGCGCAGUGGAUAUACUAUUAUGUUUAUUUGGACUUUAAGAAUUAUGUCCGUGAUAACGUGUUUGCAAUAAGAUUGGUAUCUUUUGUGCUUUCGUUUGUUGUUCAUGAGUGGUUAGGGUACCACUUGUGGAAUACCACCUGUCCACUGUUGUUUAUAUUUUUUAUUUUUAUUGUAUUUCCCACGUUUUACUUCGAGGUUCCUGACCGCAAUGUUUUCGUUAUUUUAAAUACGUAUUUAAUUACUUCGAUUCCAACUCUUGUAGUACUUUAUGGCGCCGAAUAUUACAUUUCCAUUAAUGUACCAUUCGACAAUCGAUCACGUCUGGAGCAGCUGUUUUUGCCGAGGUUUAUAAAUUACAUAACGUGGGAAUGA